GUUUGGGUUGACCCUGGCUAUGGUCGGGUUUGGCCUGUCUAAAACGUACUGGGAGAUUAUCCUCAGCCGUAUCGCUCAAGGCAUGCUCAACGGGAACAUUGGCGUUGUCAAGUGUGUGACAGCCGAAAUGACCGAUGAAACCAACGCUGCGCUCGGAUACGCCUUCUUCGGCACGAUAUGGUCCCUCGGCACGACGCUCGGACCUAUCAUUGGCGGGGUUCUCGCCGACCCUGCUCAACGAUGGCCGGACACACUAGGGCGUAGUCGGCUGUUGACGGAUUAUCCCUAUUUCCUGCCUUGCAUCACCGUUGCCUCAGUUUCCAUGAGCGCCUUUCUAUUUGCCUUCCUUGGUCUUCGUGAGACUCUCCGACGAUCGCACAGUGCAGGAUCUUCACCCGCGGAACCUGUGACUCAGGGCGACGAAAAGGCCGCAACACCUAUAACGGACCUGCCCGAGUUGCCGUCCCAAGUACAGACAGCUCAAACUUUGUCUUCGUCUGAAGCAGUCAUUCCGUCCCCGCAAGUUCCUGGGUUCCGCUCGUUGUUUGUACCGAGGGUCCUUUACCCGCUUCUCAACUAUGGGUUCAUUGCAUUUGUCGACCAGUGCUAUGAGGUGCUCCAGCCACUCAUGUACUCCACAUCCAUUGGCGCACAAGGAUUGGGGUUUAGCACGUUCACCAUCGGAAUCAUUAUCGGCGUGUGGGGCGUCGUGAACUGCAUCGUGGAGAUAUUCGUCUUUCCGCCCCUGGUUCGGAAGGUUGGGCCCCGAACGCUGUACAUCGCAUCCUUCGCCUGCUACCUCGUAUGUCUCUCGGCCUUCCCCUUGAUGGCGUUCCUGGCGCAGCGGGCAGGUCAUAUUGACAAGUGGACAUGGCUCGUGCUGGUGAUUCAGCUCGCGGUAUACACGGUUGCAUACAUGGGUUAUGGAUGCGUCUUCCUCUUCGUCAACACGGGAGCGCCUCGCGGCGCGCUCGGCGCGGCCAACGGCCUCGCGCAGACGACCGCAUCUACCAUGCGCGCGAUCGCGCCAACCGCUGCUUCCUCGCUAUUUGCUGCAUCCAUCGAAAAGAACCUUCUGCGCGGGACACUGGUCUAUUGGGUUUUGUGCGCGGUAGUGCUUGCCGGCAUAUACACCUCAACCAUGCUGCCGAAGCGCCUGUAUACCUAG